CUGUGCCGCGACGCGGCGGACUGGCUGAAGGGCGUGCCUUACCCGCCCACCGGAGCAUCUGGCGAUGCUGGCGAGAAAGAGGCCUUCUUGCGAGCUUGCAUCCUGGACGUUUGCUCCGCAGAGCCAGAGGAUCGCAAGGAUGUGGCGGAGAACGCUGGCGACCAGGAUCCCAGUGAGCCUCCGGUACCGCCGUCAACGACGACCACCACGACCACCACGACCACGACCAGCACUUCGACGACCACCACGACGACUCCAGCAAUUGUCGGUGAUGAGUUGUAUGUCUUCGGUUUCACUCCCUACGUUGGCUCUUCAUCGCCUUACAUGCCGGAGGGCGUCGUUGAGGUGGAGUCCCUCCCCGACGGAAACACACGCCUUUCCUGGAGCCUCACCGGCCUCGACCCGGGCUGCAGCAGGACUUGCAAGAACGACAACUGCUGUGGGGUGGUCAUCUACGAAGGCGGGAAUCGGGCGGACCAGCAGUCGGCAGCGAACUUUGUCGUUGUUCUUGUGGCUGCUGCUAGCGGCACGAGCUGCGAGGAGCCUGCAGGCUCUCCCCUUUGGGACAGCGGGUUGUCGGUGAGGUACACCUCCAGCCCAUCGAACGUGCUGUCCAAGGAAGUGAAGACGGGCCUUGCAAACGACGACGUGCUGGGCCGCACUGUGGUGAUCCAUGACAAGAAAGGCAGAAAAGUUGCCUGUGGCAUCAUCGAGCCGUCCACCACCACGGUCUUCGAGAAGUACCCCAAAUACGGUGGUGACCUCCCAUUGACAUCCGGUGGUGUCCAGGUCGAGUCAGAGGAUGGAAAGCAGACGCUCAGCUGGCUGUUCACGCAAGGCCUUGACCCCCGCUGCGCGUCGCCGACAUGCACGGCAGCCAAUUGCUGCGGUGUCCAUAUCCAUGAGGGGACGACCUGCUCGAAUGCCGCCUCCGUCGGAGGUCACUACUGGAACAAGGACCUCUACCCGGAAGACCCCUGGAUGGACGUUCGCUACGUGAUCGAGGGCUCCAUGCCGUCGGCAGUGAACGACCUGACCGUCACAACGGGCUACAAUGCCGACGACAUCGACGGCCGGGCUGUGGUGGUCCACGACUACGAUGGUGUUCGCAUUGGUUGCGCCAUCAUCGAGAUGCCAGAAGAGGAGCCAGCGCCUGUGGACGGUGAUGACUUGUACGUCUUCGACUUGAGCCCCUACGUCGGUUCCUCAUCGCCUUACCAGCCACAGGGAGUGAUCGAGGUGAAGUCCACAGACGACAGCAAGACGGUGCUGUCUUGGAGCUUGACUGGCCUCGACCCCGGUUGCAGCAGCGAGUGCACCCAGACCAACUGCUGUGGUAUCCACAUUCACGAAGGCAUGAGCUGCGACGAAAGUGCGGGCCCACACUACUGGGACGGUGAUGGAGAGGACCCUUGGCUGUCGGUCAAGUACGACUCCAGCACGGACCCUGCCAACGUCCUCUUCGUGGAGGUCGACACCGGCCUCGGCAGCAGCGAUCUCCUGGGCCGGACGGUGGUGAUCCACGACAAGACUGGCGCGCGCAUCGCCUGCGGCAUCAUCGAG